CUUUUAUGACCUCUUCAGUAAGGAACAGUGGAACAGCAACUGAAGCAACCUUUGAGACAAGACCCUACAAAUUGCACAAACUUGAGACGCCCCCAAACAGCACGACGUCAUGCACUCGGGACGAAGCCCUCACUUUUUAUACGCAGAUGCAGAUGAUCAGGAGAAUGGAGAGUGCUGCUAGCAACCUCUACAAGGAAAAGGCUAUUCGUGGAUUUUGCCAUUUGUACAGUGGCCAAGAAGCUAUUUGUGUUGGUAUCAAGGGAGCUCUGAGGGCACAAGACUCUGUCAUCACUGCCUACCGAGACCAUGGAUGGGCGUACGUCAUGGGUUGCAGCGUCACAAGUAUCAUGGCAGAAUUGACGGGAAGGACACAAGGAAUGGCCAGAGGCAAAGGAGGUUCCAUGCAUAUGUACGCUAAGAACUUCUACGGUUGUAAUGGUAUUGUAGGUGCCCAGGUGCCUGUAGGUGCCGGCAUCGCCCUCGCUAACAAGUACUUGGAGAACAAUGGUAUCAAUGUCAGUCUUUAUGGUGAUGGAGCUGCCAAUCAGGGCCAGCUUUUUGAAGCAUACAACAUAGCCAAGCUGAUGAAUUUGCCAGCCGUUAUUUGUGAGAAUAAUGGUUAUGGCAUGGGUACUAGUGUUGACCGAGCCUCAGCCUCAACCAACUACUACACUCGUGGAGACUACGUGCCUGGAAUAUGGAUUGAUGGUAUGGAUGUACUGAGUGUGCAAGGAGGCAUCCAGUCUACAUGCGUAGAGCAUUCUUCUGGAAAAGGAACCCUUUAG